AUGUCGACGGCGUCUUUGCGCGCGCCGACAUUGAAGUCGCCGGGGCAGCAGACGCGGCGAAGAAGCGUGAGGUCGAUCUCGUUCUAUCCUCAGAAUGAGAGGAGCCAGGGCAAGAUGACUGAAGAGGAGAUCAUUCCUGAGAGGAUUCUGGAAGGCCUGGCGCUGGAAGUGCACCAAUGUCCGAUACUGCAACAAGAAUGGGUGGAGCAGAUUUUCAAGCACAAUCCGGCAGCUUCCCCUGAAGGGUCGUACAUGAUAUGGAGACCUACAGCAUCUUCACGAUUAGCUUCAGGAGUUCUCGAUCACCAUCGCGGCUUCACCUUGAUAGCCAUCUCAUACGUCCGUCUGGGAGAUUUUCUGUGUGUUGCAAACGACGCGACGAUGAUGAUUCAUAGUUGGCACAAUCUAAAAGUUGAGCACAAGCUUGUAUGGGCUGUCGGGGGAGAAGGUGGCUUCACGUGCUUUCCUCACAGGAUGUGGGCACCCUACAGAGGCGCGAUCAUAACAAAUUUCAACCCCUGGAACUUUGUUCCGAUAGACCUGGCCAUGUCCCGCGAGCUCUACACAAAUCUUGAAGCCUUCGUCAGAGCAUGCCCGGAGCUCCGCCAUCGUUUAGAUCCGCACCGAUUUGACGGCUGUCCUCCACGGGGAAGCGAGGAUAGCCUGAGGCUCGAGCACGUCAGACCGCAUGCGGUCAAACAACGUCGCGAUGAUGAUCCGAAUGUUCUCGCUGAACGUUUGGAGCUGAUUAAGUUGAGGAGGAAGCAGGACAAAGCGAUUGACGACUUGAAUGCCCUCCAGCAGCAGAGGUCUCAGCUAAGAGCACAAGGCGAGAGACUCACAGACGAAGCUGAGGAUCUUCUUGACGACAUUGCCAAGUUGGAAGCAAGAUUAGAUUGCGUGGUGUAUGACUACAACGAAAGCGAGAAGAUUGAAACCAUCCAGCUUAAGUUGCAAGAGGGCUGUCAGAUACCCGACCAGCGAUACAGAUCUUGUGUUCUUCGAGCACAAGAGCUCAAAGACCGUCUUGUCCAGCUAAGCAUUGCCCACGAGAAAUUCAGCUAG